AUGGGGCAUCCCAAUGCAAGGGGGAACCCUCAGGUGCAAGAGUUGAAAGUAUAUCGUAACGAAGGUAUGUAUUCAAUGCAUAACAGUGACUUAAGUGCUCAUGCUGAUGAUAGAAAGCAUCGUCUGUUGGAGGAAAGAUUGAAAGCUGUAGAGGGACAAAGUGUUUUAGGGAUGGACAUUACUGACCUGGGACGGGUGCCAGGGGUAAAGGUUCCACCUAAAUUCAAGGUUUCUAUAUUCGACAAGUAUACUGGUACAACUUGUCCCAAGACGCAUGUUAAAGCUUAUUACCGUAAGAUGUAUGCUUAUUCUAAAGACGAGAGGCUGGUAAUGCACUUUUUCCAAGAUAGCCUAGUUAGGGCAUCUUUGGAAUGGUAUAUGCAUUUCGAAAGAACAUACGUCAGAAACUGGAGAGAUUUAGUGGAAGCAUUUGUGAAGCAUUACAAAUGCAAUAUUGACAUGGCCCCGAAUAGGACCCAAUUGCAAAGUCUGACUCAGGGUCCGAAUGAAUCAUUCAAGGAAUAUGCUCAGAAAUGGCAUGAGCUAGCUACUAGAGUUCAACCUCCAUUGAUGGAGAGAGAACUGGUUGACAUGUUCAUGGGUACCUUACAAGGUUCUUACUAUGACCGAAUGGUGGGUAGCACUUCUACUAAUUUUUCUGAGUUGGUAAUGGCUGGAGAGAGGAUUGAAGUUGGUCUCAAAAUGGGUAAAAUUCAGUUGGCCAAUGCUGGUAAUUCUACAAGUGGGACUGUUAAGAAGCCGUUUAGUGGUCACCCCAAGAAGAAGGAGGUACUUCAAAAUUUAUUACAACUCAAAUUGGUUAAUUUGAGGGGCAUGCCACCUCCUCCUGAAAGGCUCCCUACAGAUUAUAAUCCUAAUGCCUGA